AUGAAACCAACCAGUUCCUCCUCCAACAACAACAACAAUACCAACAAUAACUCCUCCUCCAACAAUGCUCCUAUUUCAUAUCCUGAACUCUUGAAUAUUCUCAAUGCUGAACAUCAAUCUUCCAUGUUGCUCCAUGAAAGCAGUAACAAUAAUGGCACCAAUGAUUCCCAAUCAAUCCUGUUGCCAAGUAGUUCCAAUGCUGCAAAUCACUUGUUCCAUUCUCUUUUUGCUUCCCAUCAUCCAACCACCACACCUACCACCACCACCACCAACACUCCAACCACUCCUUCCCAUCAUUCUCAUCAUAGCCUUUCCACCACUCAACUCUUGUUGGAUGAAUUGACUCAACAACAACAACAAGUCUCACCUCUUUUUCAUACUCUUCCAAGUGGAGCAGCUGCUGCCAGUGCUGCUCUAGUGGAUCCCUAUCUUUCUAUUCGAUUGUUUCAAUUGGGACAACAACAACGAGUGGCUGCUGCCUUGAUGAAUUCAUCUCCAACGACUAGUACUCCUACGACAGCUUCACUCUUUGAUCCUACCACUGCAGCUGCUGCUGUGUUAUUACAACAACAGCAACAACAACAACAACAAGCCUUGUUGAAUAGUGUGGCUCUUGCUCAACAAUUGACAUCCUCUUUAAUGAUGAAGAGUGUUGCAACACAUCGAGCAAACAAUGAAAAGAAGCCAUCUUUUGAAAGUGGUAGUAACAUUCAAAAGAAUGAACCCAUGAAUACUACUACUACUAGUCAAAGUAGUAGUAGUAGUAGUAGUAGUGGUGGUGGUGAAAAGAGAACAAACAAUACUUUGAGUAGCAACAACAUUUCAGAAAUGAAGACAAUUGAUAAGAUGAGUUCAAUGGAUACAAGUGUUGUGAAUCCAACAAUUGUUGGUAGUGGUGAUCAUGAUCUUACCAUGACUCCACUCCUGGACUCUUCAUUGCCAACCACUACUAACACUCCUGCUAACAUGAACAACCAAACUGAAGAAGACUCUCGUCAUUGGAGUAUUGCCUUUGUCAAUUCUCAAAUUCUUCUCAAUUCUCAAGUGAACAUUUAUUUAGAAACAAGAGACUCUGGACCUCGAUUGGAAUCCAUUGUAGACUCUGAAUUGUAUAGUUCAAUCAAGUAUGAAAUGAGACAUGAAAUUAAGGAGUUGGUAUUCAAUAAUGGUGAAGAAUCUGAUGAUUUACAAUUAUUUUGUCGUAUUCAAAUCAUACAUCCUGACAAUAAGACUGAAGUGUUAAAGAAUGGUAAACCUAUUUUGGGUGGAGUGAUUGAAUCCAAUGUAUCAAGACAAUCAGAUAAUAGUAACAUGACAAGUAUGAAAAUCAAAUUUACGGAUUGCAGUUAUCAUCAUGGAAAUUGUAAAUUUGCAUUCCGAGUUUCAUAUUUUAUUGAAAGUGAUUUGGAUAAUCCAAUUCUCAUUAUGGAAUCAGCACCAUUUAAGGUAUUGGCAAGAAAACCAUCAAAGAAUAAGAAACCUGCUCAAAAGAGAAAGAAGGAAGAAGAGGAAGAGAAUAUUGCUGUGACUGUUGCUGAUUCUUGUCCUCAACCACCUCCUUCUCAAAAGAUUAAGAUUUCUAACUUUGAAGAUUUUAAACAAGUCACUGCAAGUGUUUUUGAUUAUAUUCAGAGUGCUAAUGAUGAACAAAAGAAGAGACAAAUGAUCAAUCAUGUGGUCACUAAAUUGUAUUCAGUAGAUCCGAAUAUCAUGUUUAGCUUGCCUUCAGAUGAUGGUGCAAAUGAUAUUUUCAAAGGACUUUUGUAG